GAGUUAAUUUGUCGCCUCGCGACGAGCGACUCGUAUCAGUCUCGAUCGGACCGGAGCAAGAGCAAUAGGAGAAAUCGCGAUGCUCGCGUAUCGAGGAGUAUUUCUAGCGGCGACGAUUUUGUCGGCGAGUACCGUACUCGCCGACGUCCUCGUUCAGCCUGGCUAUCGUUACGACAAUAAACGACACCAUUCCACAUCAGCAUAUCAGCCUGCUGGCCCGCAGCAGCAACCGCCACUUCCAACUGAACAAUAUUACGCGAAUCAAUUAACAACGGACCAGCAACAUCUUAAGGGAAUUCACGCGGUUUAUCCUUACUACGGAUAUCCAAACUAUGGGCGGUCACAUUUCACGAGAUAUCAUCCCGCGUAUCGUCAUCACUACCCCUACGUGUUACCGCAUCAGCUGCAUUACGCGAAGAUAGGAGGUCACGGAUACGUCCAGCCGUCGAUAUUUGUCCGCCACCCGCAACCCGUGAUAGGACACCACCGAUUUAGAAGAUUCGCGAUGGAGAAAAUCGGCAAACCUUCCGUCGUUAAACAUGACGAUGGUGUGGCCACGGAGCCGUCCCUAGUGACCACGAAAUAUUCUACGGCUUUCGACUCGCGUCUUCGGGAAAACGAGCCUGUCGGUACUAACAAUGAACAUUCGGAGGAGAAGAGUCAGAGCAAGAACGAUCAGCCUACCACAUUUUUAUUCAACCUGCGUCCACAAAAUAUAUAUCGCAACUCUCGUCAACUCAACUCUGCCUCAAAUCUGAUCAAAGCAAGUAUUCGAACAAAACCUGCCGAGAGCGACCCGUCCACAGCGAAUCUCGCUACAGUGCCGAAGACGGCAUCGGCAGUUCUGCAAGAAAUCGGACAGAACGGAGAUAAUAGCAAAAAUCAACAGCAGAAUCAAAUGCCUCCCACGGAUCCAAAGCAAUCCUCGAAUCCUUCGCCAGCGAUUUCGCCGUCGGCCAAGGCAUCGGACGAACAGUCGGCAUCGGUCGGCGCUCCUCGUAACUAUUACUAUGAGACAAUAGGCGGAAAAGAGAUUAACUGGCCAAUCGCGUCGCCAGGGAUUUUUACACCGGCGCGAUAUGGAACGUGGAAUCGGCCGAAUUUCUAUCACGCGACGAGGAACCUCCCCGAUCCCAGGCUGAGUCAUCAUGCGUCAUGGCAAUUUGAGCCGCUGUAUCAGCAGUACGCGUAUCAAGUGCCGGAUAAGAAGUCGUUGCUGAAAUCACGCAUCAGGAGCAGGGAACGAUCGAAGCUAUCCAAUUUUGACAGCGGCUAUAGAAUCGCAACUCCUUGCAACCUCGCGAGCUACCCCCCCGAAUAUUCGACCUUCUACAACGUUGCUCCGUCAGAAGUGCAGCAUGCGUACGAGCCGAUCGUGUUGACGUACCUGACCGAUCCGAAUUACUACGCGACUUACACGAGCAGCGGCACUCAAAGCAAUCCGACGACGAACGACGACGUUCAGACCUCGCCGGGUAUACCGCAAACACCUCAAUUUCUAAGCACCUACGACAGCCCGAUGGAUACGAGAUACGUUGCUGAACCGCAGACUUAUUACUACAGUCCCACCUUGACCUACGACAGCGCACCGUUCGAAGGCACAUUUUCGUCUCCGGCUUAUUAUUAGUACCAGCUUGCUAUUACGGGCAUGACGCUCGCUUCGCCCAUCGAUUAGCACCGCGUCACCACGAAGCAACGAGCCGAUUGACCGUAGUAAUUUUUCAUGAUCUAUUUAUCAUAUACACUGUGACACGUCGCACGCAUAAUUUUCCACACAGCCGAGCGAACUCUCAUCGAACUCCGUCCUCUCGUUAGUUAGAUCUUUUCCUCCACACGUACCACCCUCCUCCGAGGGCAAAACUCGCAAUGUUUUUAUUCGAUAUCGAGCUUUUUUACUUCGUACUUUGGUAAGUCUUCAUCUUCAGAUAAGUGUAUCUUUUAAUGGUGACAAUUUAUUUCCUUUGCAUAUUCUUGUACUUGUAUACUGCGGAUUGUAGUUCUCAUCGCAGAGUGUGAAAGUAGAUUCGUUUAGAAUAAUCCGCAUUAGUACGAGUGUGCUUAGUGAUUUUCAUGUAAUGUUAAUAAAACAAUGAUGGAUUUUUACAAUCG